AGUACGUACGUGAGGGUUGAAAGUGUAAAUAAACGAUACCAUUGAUGUGCGUGUUAAUCAGCAUCGUCUCGUUCCGGUGAUUCCAGAGUUUAGACGAUGAUCAGUUCACUGAAUCUGCGGCGGAUUUCGUGCCCUUCCACCAAACUGGAUUACGGCCAACAGUUUACCGGCAACGCCGUCACUCUCCAUCCUUCGAACUUCCGCCGUCAACAACCGCACAAUUGGCGCCUCGCUUCUCUUUCUACAAAUUCAACCACUUCGUCCUCGUUCGAGCCUUCUGUUGCUUCUUCCACUACCUUCAUUUCCUCCGUAGGAUCUCCACCUUCGUCGCUUCCAUCGCUAUCGCAAUGGAACCUCACCCAACGUCACAUCCUCGUCCUCAAUUUCAUCGCUUGUGCGACAGCGAUCUCAGCUACUUGGCUUUUCUGCUCUGCAAUUCCUACACUUCUGGCUUUUAAAAGGGCAGCAGAAUCUCUUGAAAAACUUCUUGAUGUUACUAGGGAAGAGCUUCCUGACACAAUGGCUGCUGUUCGUUUAUCAGGAAUGGAAAUCAGUGACUUAACAAUGGAGCUCAGUGAUUUAGGGCAGGAGAUAACACAAGGUGUUAAAAGCUCCACCCGUGCAGUUCGUUUGGCUGAGGAAAGAUUGAGGCGAUUGACAAACAUGAAUCCAUCAGCAUCAAUGCAGGUGAUGGUUCCAAUGAAAUCCGCAGGACCAGUGGUAGCUAAAACAGCAAGAGGAAUACGGGAAAAUAUUGUGAAAAGUCGUGCUUUCAUGCAAAUGUUUUUCACAAUUACCCAAUUUUCCAAAGUAGCUAUUAAGUACUUAAUAUCUCGAGCAAAGUCAAAAGCUUGAUAAGAUGAGCAAACACUCAUAUAUGCUUAUUUAUGCUUAAUGUAAGCUCUUGAUGUAACUUCUUUUUCAGAGUGGAUUUUGACAUAUCUUGAUCUUACAACCCGGUUUUUAACAGAAAAUGCCCUAAAAGUUGUUGAAUGUGUCCUUAAAACCAUGGUGUAUUUUUUAUUUAUUUAUAUAACCCAAUUCAAACAAAGUAAAGAGGUAAGUAAUGAUUCGAUAUUGACAAGGACUUAAUGGUUGAAGUUAUUUGUUUAUAUUAUAUUUUUUAUGUAUGUGUGUCAUGGAUUCUUGGAUUUCUUUUAGGAAGUUGAUGAAGUUAAAGCGUAUAAUUGUAAGG